AUGGGACGGCUGGAACCGUUGACAUCGUUGGCACUUGGUCGGUCGCCAUAUGACGACGUGGUUCCAGGCGAGGGUGUUGCGGACCCUCGCGCACCUCAACUAAUGUACGAUGAGCGCGGGCGACCUUACAACCCCCAGACCAAGCGAAUCAACCGCGAUGUCAUUCGUUCUCACAACGAGGUCAUGAUGGUCAUCGGCGUUGCCGAACCAGAUAAUGGCAUCGCUGAAGCUCAAGCUGAAGCUGCCCGCAAGCACUACGAGUUCGAAGAACGCGUCGGCAGACGGUUGCUCCUAGCUGGUGGCAUGCUCGAGACGGCUGCCAUUUGGGGAGUAAACGGUUUACGGCAGCGCAUUCUUCUUUACCAAGAGUAUUCAAAUGCUACCUUUUAUGGAAUGUUCAGGCUUGUCCGCAGCCAGCAGUCUAUUAGCUCUUACUUCUUUGGUGGUCUACCUUCGUUCAUAGCUAGCAGUGUCCUUGAGCAGCUAGCGGUCCCGGCAGCGAGGAAGUACCCUAUCAUCCAAUAUGUGACUACAUACAUACGCUUGCACCUCGCCAUCUACACAUUCUUUCAACGGACCGGUAUUAUCCCCGUUCGAAACCUCUUGCCAAACUGGCGCUUCUUCAUUCCAGGAACCAAUAUAUCCCCAAUACCUCUUCCUCCUUUCCCGAGACCAUUUCGUCCUCAAAGCCUGUUGCAAUGGCUCGGCCUCUUCGCCAUCGGCGCGGCUCCUUUCGCUGGCUUCUACCUCUAUACGAAGUUAUACAGCAUUAUCACGCGAACCCUUCGCUGCGAAAUUUAUCGCCGGCUUCCCCGUCCAUACAACUCCAGUAAACGACGAUCCCGGAGAGACACCGCAUCGGCACAUCAGCCAGCGGGCGACAUCCCGAUUGAAUUACGCACGGAUGAGGUCUUUCAAACCCACGACACGCACCGUCCCAGCAGCGCAUCAGCGCGCCGCCAUAGCGCUGCCUCACAGCGUGGGACCAAUCCCUCGGACGAGUUCGCUAGCGACGACGAGGACACCGAGAUCAUUAGUGCAACGCUCAUCAGCUUUGAUGUGGAGGCCACCGAGCCCAUGCCCGAUCAUCAUCAAAACCAAUCCUCCAGCGAAGAAAUCAGCACCACUGGUCCCCCAGCUAACACCCCGGGAGUGUGGUCCGCCGAACUUCGCCCUAACGUGCCGAGCGAUGGUAUGACACGAACAGGCGCAGGAGGAAAUGGCGUCAACGGCGGACAAGAGCCCCUCUAUCGAGAGACCAUGCUGACCCGGCUGCCGGCAGUGCUGGCGACGGAUGUCUUGGCCAUCACACCGGCACGCUUGAUUAUGACGCCACUAGCGGCGGUCAUUUGGCUGAGACUAGCCCGUCCCUACAUGAUACGGAUGGGCAUGUCAGUUGAUGGGCUGCUGGACGUGGGUAAAGCUGUGGCAGAGGGCAGGAGGAGCCUCUUUGCAGGCUUGUUCACAGCGAGGGGCCUGAUCAAUCUGCUCGGACUGGAGUUGCUGCUUGCAGUUGUUCAUGGGGAGGCGUGGGCUGCAGUAAUGACGGUAGCAGAGAUGUUGAGAAUGAGUGAGGAGGAGUGGUAUGAGAGGAUGGGAGUGCCAAGGGAGAGCACCGACAUCUGA